AUUUGUUUGUUAUCAGUAGAAAUAAAAAAAGCUGAUCCCAUCUACUCUUAUCGCGCUCUCCUUCAGGGGCCAUUUUUUGUUUAUUUUUAGGCCAAUUCAUAUUAGGUGAUACACAUAGCUUUAAGGCUGAGUAGUUGUGUUCCCUUUCUAGGCGUACUUUCUUUUCCCUCUUUUGAAAAAAAGAGAAAAGAAACCAACAAUUGAAAUCUGUUUCGUGUAGCACUUGACAUGCUACUCAUUCUGAUUUUGAAAAAAAAGGAACUUUAACCAAUGUCCAUAAAAAAAGAAAAAACUUGUUUUGCGUAACCCUUAACUCGUUUGUCACGAUUGGCCCUAUAUCUGAACUUUAAAAAAAAUAUCAACAAAUACAAGAACAAGUAUGUCCGUCUUGCUUUAUUUAUUAUCUUUAUUAGGAUGCCAAGUACGAUCUCAAACUCAGGAAAACUAGAUGAAGAUGCUGCUGAUCUCGAUGCACUUCAGAAACAACUAGGAAGGAUGAACGGCCUCUCUGAUAAACUAGUCAAUAUUUUGGAUUCAUUUGAUGGUCGUUUAUUAAAGCUAGAAGCGUCUAUAUUACCUAUUCAUAAAUCAACUCAAAAUUUAACAAGAUUAGCCAACAACAUCGACAGUACAUUGAAAUCAACCGAGAAUAUCAUUGACUGUUUAAAUAUGCCAAGUAAAGAAGAGGCAUUUAUUCUGAAAGGUCCUGAUGAAAAUAACGUAUUACCCUAUCUAAAGGCAAUGGGAAGGUUAAGAGAUGGUGUAGAUGCUAUUGAAAAGAGCCAGCUUCGAUCUUGCGAAAAGACAAUCUAUCAAAUUAAACAACUCUUGAAAGCAGGCAUGCUUCAUCUAGAAACAUUGUUUAGAAAAUGGCUAACAGCUGUCAGCAAUCCAGUGGAUUUGAACACUAUGUUAAAUUCAAACCGAGAAAUGAUGACCACUGCUUCCAUGCGACAACUUUCUCAAUUGUCGACUUAUAUUGCUUCAUCCGAAAAAGAAAUUGGGUACUCUGUUGAUUUCACUAAACCUUAUAUCGAAAUUCGCUCUUCUUUCUUGCAACGCUCUUUACAUCCAUUAUCCCAGUCUGUUCAAACAUCUGAAAAACAUCAAGGCAGUUCCUAUGAACGAGGAUCAAGCGAGUUUUUGAAAUAUACAGAAUGCUUUACGAAAAUGCUUGAGUCAGAAUACAAAUUUGCCGAACAAAUCAUGGGCAAUGAACAAAGAAGAGCAGCUGCCCUCAAGGGAUCAAUUAUACCCGCCACAACAGAAUACAUUGCUGCUGGAAAACAGUUGAAUGCUGUGGCUAAACGACUGAAUUAUACCGAAACUGCCUUUGUGUUUGAUAUCAUUGAAAAGUUUGAUAGAGAAUGUGCAGUUUAUAUUGAAGAUGUGUGCCGUAUUGUUCCUUUGCACGACAUUCAGGACAUGAUCAAUGCAUUCAAGUUGACUAUUUUGCGCAAUUUUUACGAGUUUAUGGAAGAUAUUCGUGGAAGAAAAGACGCCAAUCAACCCAUGAACCUCAGUAGUGAUGGUACAGUGCAUGAAAUGACGAGUAAUACCUUGAAUUACUUUAAACGUCUAUAUACUUGGCGCGAUACUGUUGAACCUCUUUUGGUUCUUAUAGGAGAUGGUGGUUGGAACACGAUGCCUUCACUCCAAAUCAUGGCAGAUUCUGGCCGUGUUCAACAAGGUGAAUCUGCUGUAGGUGCUGCUCUUUUGCAGAAAUUCUUUGUGGAUGCACUCGAUCAAAUGACGCUUGCUCUUCAGCUGAAAUCAAGAGGUUACAAAAAACCCACACUGGCCACCUUGUUUUUGCUCAACAACUAUAACCAUAUUUUGCGUCAAAUCCGGUCCCCUCCUCUGAAUGCCAUAUUUGAUGAUGGGUCAGAAAUGAAAUUUGGUAAGCUGGUCAAGAAACAACUGGAUGCUUACCAAGAGUCAUGGAAACCCUGUGUUGAGAAUUUGAUGGAUGUCACCUAUGUCCGAGGAGGCAGCAUCAAGAGCUCUAUGGGAAGCCAAGAACGACAAUUGAUUAAAGAAAGAUUCAAGAACUUUAAUACUGAAUUUGAAGAAAUCAGCCGUGCUCAACAAAGUUAUGCUGUGCCUGACCAAGAAUUAAGAAAUCAAGUGAUUCGAGACGUCAAGAAUGUGAUUGUCCCUAUGUAUGGCCGCUUCUUGGACAAGUAUCAAAACAGUGAUUUUACAAAGAAUCAUGCAAAAUACAUUCGUUAUGACAAAGAGAGAGUGGAUAAAAUGCUCAGUCACUUGUUUGAACCUACUGCUUAUUGAAUAAAAUCGCUUUUUUUUUCUUUA